AUUAAGCUUAUCAGUAAUAAAAAUUGAAUUUUUUUUUCGAAUUAUUGCAUAAAAUUAGGUGGAGUUAUGUACUUGAAAUAAUUUCCAAUUCUGAAAACCAUUUCGUAAAAGGUGCAUCAUGAAUAACCCAAGGGUGCUGUCCAUUCAAAGUCAUGUCGUAUACGGAUACGUUGGAAACAAGUGUGCUACAUUUCCUCUACAGCUUCUAGGUUUCGACGUCGAUGCCAUAAACUCUGUACAGUUGUCAAAUCGCCCGGGAUACAGAGUAUCCCAAGGGCAGGUUCUAAACGAAAAGGAUUUAGAUGAUCUCAUCGAAGGAAUAGCUGCCAAUAACCUAGACACAUCGUAUACCCAUCUGUUGACCGGUUAUGUAAGAAAUUCUUCACUUUUGAAAGCUAUAGAAAAGGUAGUUUGCUCGUUGAAAAGAAAAAAUCCGAACCUAAUUUACGUAUGUGAUCCUGUAUUGGGAGAUAACGGAAGACUCUAUCUACCCGAAGACUUUGUUCCUAUUUUUAGAGAAUCUAUCAUUCCAAUGGCCGAUAUCAUCGCUCCAAAUCAGUUCGAAUUAGAGAUUUUAAGUGAAAUGAAAGUCGAUACGUUGGAAAAAACGUUACAGGCGAUUGACGUAUUGCAUAACAAGGGCUGUAAAAUAAUUGUGAUAUCUUCAGCUACGUAUUCAGACUCAAAUACACUAACUACAGUAGCUAGUCACAAGGAUGGAAGUAUUGAAAAGAGAGCCAUGAUCGAAAUACCAAAAUUGAAAGCAACCUUUGCUGGAACUGGUGAUUUGUUCUCAGCUCUAUUUUUAGCCUGGAUGAGUAAAAGCAAUGAUAUCAGUAUAGCUUUAGAAAACACCGUUUCGACAGUAUACAAUGUAAUUUCUAGAACAAUACAGCAUUAUAAUGGUAAUAGAGAUUCCAGUCAUAAUUUUGAUCCAAAGCUUAUGGAGCUGAAGUUGAUACAAAGCAAAGAUGACAUCGAAAAUCCGAAAAUUUUAUUCAAGAGUGAAAUUUUAUGAUAUUAAUUGCUAAUUAAUUUUUUGUUUUCAUCAGGAUUCAGGACUCUCAUCUUGAGCUAAUCGUCUCGCAAAAUUGUCAUUGAAAAUGCUAUAAUUCGCGAUGUAGAUUGUAUUCUAGUCUUAACUUAAUUAAAAGUACGAAGCUUUCAUCUGUUAGUCAUAAUCAUCUAUCACUUUCAUCUUAGUUACCUUAGUUUAAUCUUAUAACGUUAUAACUUUCAAAUCAGAUCAAUGUGAUAGUAGUAAAAUAUACUUAGAUAAGUAAUAUAUUUUACUUGAUUAUAAAGUUGUUACCUACAAUAGUUUGAUAUGCUUAUUGACGCGUUCUACAUUCAAGUAAUUUAGUAAUUACCGAACAAAAUGGUGAAGGAAUAUAAUUUAAACUUGAUAUCAUUGAUGAUUUUUAUUUUUGCUAAAAACUCAAUAAACCAGAA